AGGAGGAGGAGGAAGAGGGCGAGGCGCCGGGGGAAGAAGGAGGCCGGCGCGGCGGCGGCGGAGGCGCCCGGGGCCGGCGGCGGCGAGGGGGGGGAAGAUGGCGGACGUGCUGAGCGUCUUGCGACAGUACAACAUCCAGAAGAAGGAGAUUGUGGUGAAGGGAGACGAAGUGAUCUUCGGGGAGUUCUCCUGGCCCAAGAAUGUGAAGACCAACUAUGUAGUUUGGGGGACUGGAAAAGAAGGCCAACCCAGAGAGUACUACACGUUGGAUUCUAUCUUAUUUUUACUUAAUAAUGUACACCUUUCUCAUCCUGUUUAUGUCCGACGUGCGGCUACUGAAAAUAUUCCUGUGGUUAGAAGACCUGACCGAAAAGAUCUACUUGGAUAUCUCAAUGGUGAAGCAUGUGAGUCUUUGUCUGAAGCUAUGUCGGUGGAAAAAAUUGCUGCAAUCAAAGCCAAAAUUAUGGCUAAGAAAAGAUCUACUAUCAAGACUGAUCUAGAUGAUGAUAUAACUGCCCUUAAACAGAGGAGUUUUGUGGAUGCGGAGGUAGAUGUGACCCGAGAUAUUGUUAGCAGAGAGAGAGUAUGGAGGACACGAACAACUAUCUUACAGAGCACAGGAAAGGAUCCCACAUUGCGUACUAAACAGCCUAUCCCAGCUGCCUAUAACAGAUAUGACCAGGAACGAUUCAAAGGAAAAGAAGAAACGGAAGGCUUCAAAAUUGACACUAUGGGCACCUACCAUGGUAUGACACUGAAAUCUGUAACGGAGGGUGCAUCUGCCCGUAAGACUCAGACUCCUGCAGCCCAGCCAGUACCAAGACCAGUUUCUCAAGCAAGACCUCCCCCAAAUCAGAAGAAAGGAUCACGAACACCCAUUAUCAUAAUUCCCGCAGCUACCACGUCUUUAAUAACCAUGCUUAAUGCAAAAGACCUUCUACAGGACCUGAAAUUUGUCCCAUCAGAUGAAAAAAAGAAACAAGGUUGUCAACGAGAAAAUGAAACUCUAAUACAGAGAAGAAAAGACCAGAUGCAACCAGGGGGCACAGCAAUUAGUGUCACAGUACCUUAUAGAGUAGUGGACCAGCCCCUUAAACUUAUGCCUCAAGACUGGGACCGGGUUGUAGCAGUUUUUGUGCAGGGUCCUGCAUGGCAGUUCAAAGGUUGGCCAUGGCUUUUGCCUGAUGGAUCACCAGUUGACAUAUUUGCUAAAAUUAAAGCCUUCCAUCUCAAGUAUGAUGAAGUUCGUCUAGAUCCCAAUGUUCAGAAAUGGGACGUAACAGUAUUAGAACUCAGCUAUCACAAACGUCAUUUGGAUAGACCAGUUUUCUUACGGUUUUGGGAAACAUUAGACAGGUACAUGGUAAAGCAUAAAUCCCACUUAAGAUUCUGAGUUAUUUGGUUCCUCUAUUUCCGGAAAUCUGGAUUAAGAAGCAUGGAUAUACCUUGAUCUAAAGACUAAGACUCAAG